AUGAAAUAUACUAAAUGGAAUUUUAUGAUGUCAGUUCUUGGCAUCUUCAUCUAUAUAUUUGAUUUGAUUGUGGACAUAUGGGUGUCUGUCAAGUUUUUCCAUGAAGGACAACAUGUUUUUGGUGUUUUAACAGUAAACUUCAUGCUCUUUGGAACAUUUGUAGUUCAGUGUUUUAGUUAUUCUUGGUACAGGGCUGACUUAAAGAAAGCAGGCCAAGAAAGUCAGGAUUGUUUUCUUCUACUUCAUUGCUUGCAAGGAGGAGUUUUCACAAGGUAUUGGUUUGCCUUGCAAAAGGGUCACCAUGUGGCUUUCAAAUGUGGCAGCAAAGCUAAUAACUUCAUUGAAGAAGAAAUUGAUCCACAUAAAGAAGUUAUAGAUAGAGUGACUGAUUUGAGCAUGCUCAGGCUAUUUGAGACCUACCUGGAAGGUUGCCCACAACUUGUUCUUCAGCUGUACAUCCUUAUGGAGCAUGGUCAAGUGAAUUUCAGUCAGUAUGCAGCCAUCAUGGUCUCUUGCUGUGCUAUCUCUUGGUCGACAGUUGAUUUUCAAAUAGCUCUAAGGAAAUCCUUGUCUGAUAAAAAUCCCUUUAAUGGACUUUGUCCCAAAUUGACUUACCUCUUUUAUAAGUUGUUUACAUUAUUUUCUUGGAUGUUGAGUAUUGUACUUCUACUGUUCUUAAAUACUAAGAUUGCUUUGUUUCUUUUGUUAUUUCUUUGGUUUUUAGGUAUAAUUUGGGCAUUUAAAAAGCAAACUCACUUUUGUGCUUCCAUAGGUAUGGAAUUCUUAUACAGGAUUGUUGUUGGAUUCAUUCUGGUUUUUACAUUUUUUAAUAUUAAGGGACAGAAUACCAAAUGUCCAAUGUCUUAUUAUUAUAUUGGAAAGGUACUAGCCACAUUGUGCAUACUGAUUGUCCUCUGGUUCUUCCCACCCCCUAUUGUAAAUUCAGACUAUCUUAUACUUAUCAGUAUCACUACAGCUGUUACUCUUCUCCUUGGAAUUAUUUUUCUUAUUGUAUAUUAUGGGACUUUUCACCCAAAUAGAAGUGAAGAAAAGAAACCUGAUGAAAUUGAUGGAAAACUAGUUCAAAAAGAUUGUAGAAUGAGGUAUUUUCUAAUGGAAUAA